GCAGCGACUGCCAAGCGAGGCGGAUGGCCUAAAACGAAACGGGCUGGCGAGGCGUAUUACCAGUGAACCGGUUAACUGAUUACCGAUUAUCCAUUACCCAUUUUACACGAGAUACCCGAUUCCAAAACGCGCGCGUCCAACUACUUCUAUUCAAAUUUAUUUAUUUUUGUUUCUGUUUACUCAAUGUGUUUUCGAGGCCUAAAUGAAAGUGCAGAAAGGCAAGUGACUGUGAAUGCGAACGUGUCGUCGGCACAGAGAGAAAAUAUCACCAUAAUCGUGUGCGUAAAUAGUGAAUGCCAAAAUCGAAUAAAAGUGCCCGAAUAACUCAAUGAAAUGCAGUGACAGCGGCAAAUUGGAAACAAAAACGCUAAGGACCGCCCAAAGAUAUUAAAAGAAAGGGAAUCCUUUCCCAAAUCCAAAAGUAAACCUAUCCCAAAAUCAUGGUUGUAGUUCCCGCUCUUGGCGCCGCCGCGGUUUCCGUGGGCGGACUGCUCUUCAAGGCGAGUGCCGCCUCCAAGGCGGCAGCGGCAGCGGGCGUGGCAGCGGCAGGUGCCUCCAAACUGGGUUUGGCCAUCGCCGGUGCUAUCAAGCUGGCCACCGCUGUGAUCGGCGUCGGCAAGCUGACCAUCCUGCCCUUCCUGAUAGCGGCCAUAGCCUACUAUAAUUACGAUCUCUUCGAUCCGGAGAAUCGACCCUUUAAUGUCCAGCAAGUGGACCUUGCCUACGACUUCAUCAUCAUCGGUGGAGGUUCGGCUGGCACUGUUCUGGCCUCCAGACUCUCGGAGAUUCCACACUGGAAGAUCCUGCUCCUGGAAGCGGGAGGUCAUGAGACGGAAAUCUCGGAUGUUCCACUGCUGUCGCUCUAUUUGCAUAAAAGCAAAAUGGACUGGAAAUAUCGCACUCAACCACAACCAACUGCCUGUCAGGCGAUGAAGGACAAGCGAUGCUGUUGGACCAGAGGAAAGGUUUUGGGCGGCAGUUCCGUGCUGAACACCAUGCUCUAUAUCCGGGGAAAUAAAAGGGAUUUCGAUCAAUGGGCUGACUUUGGAAAUCCAGGAUGGUCCUACGAGGAGAUCCUUCCCUAUUUCAGGAAGUCUGAGGAUCAGAGGAAUCCCUACUUGGCCAGGAACAAGCGCUACCAUGGAACAGGUGGCCUUUGGACGGUGCAGGAUUCCCCCUACAACACACCAAUUGGACCGGCUUUCCUUCAAGCUGGCGAGGAAAUGGGCUACGACAUUGUGGACGUGAAUGGAGAACAGCAGACGGGCUUCGGUUUCUACCAGUUCAACAUGCGACGCGGUUCCCGCAGCUCGACGGCCAAGUCAUUUCUGCGACCAGCUCGCCUGAGAUCCAAUCUCCACGUGGCUUUAUUUUCGCAUGUGACCAAGGUCCUAACCGAUCCCCACACAAAACGAGCGACGGGGGUUCAGUUUAUCCGCGACGGAAGGUUGCAAAAUGUCUACGCCACCAGGGAGGUGAUCCUAUCGGCGGGUGCCAUCGGAUCACCCCAUCUAAUGAUGCUCUCGGGCAUCGGACAUGGUGAGGAGUUGGCCAGAGUGGGCAUCCCGUUGGUGCAACAUCUUCCCGGAGUUGGACAGAAUCUACAGGAUCACAUUGCCGUGGGCGGAAUAGCCUUUCUCAUCGACUAUCCCAUUUCGAUUGUGAUGAAGAGGAUGGUGAAUAUAAAUACAGCUCUGCGAUAUGCCAUCACCGAGGAUGGACCCUUGACCUCCAGCAUUGGUUUGGAGGCGGUGGCUUUCAUUAAUACAAAGUAUGCGAAUGCCAGUGAUGAUUGGCCCGAUAUGAACUUCAUGAUGACCUCGGCAUCGGUGAUGUCCGAUGGCGGCAGUCAGGUGAAGACCGCCCAUGGACUAACCGAUGAAUUUUAUCAGGAGGUUUUCGGCGAGGUGAACAAUCGCGAUGUCUUCGGGGUGUUUCCCAUGAUGCUGAGACCCAAAAGCAGGGGUUACAUUAAGUUGGCUUCGAAGAAUCCCCUGAGAUAUCCACUGCUAUAUCACAACUACCUCACGCAUCCGGAUGAUGUGAAUGUUUUGAGGGAGGGCGUCAAGGCGGCGGUGGCCAUGGGAGAAACUGAGGCGAUGAAGAGAUUUGGCGCGAGAUUCUGGAGCAAACCUUUGCCGAAUUGCAAGCACCUGACUCUGUUUACCGAUGAGUAUUGGAACUGCUUCAUUAGGCAGUAUACGAUGACGAUUUACCACAUGAGUGGCACGGCCAAGAUGGGUCCACCUUCGGAUCCCUGGGCUGUGGUGGAUCCCCAGCUGAGGGUUUAUGGCAUUCCCGGUUUGAGGGUCAUCGAUGCCAGCAUUAUGCCGGCGAUUACGAAUGGCAAUAUCCACGCACCCGUCGUGAUGAUUGGGGAAAAGGGUGCCGACAUGAUCAAGCAACUCUGGUUGACCCCAACGACGGGACCUUCGGCGGGCGGAGGUCAAGGUCAGGGUGCAAACCCCCCGCCACCUCGAACCCAGUGGCGUAGUAGAAGAUCGUUAAACGCCACGGAAACAUUCAGUGAAAAUGCGGAUGUUGGAAUAUCACCAGUGCUUCAAUGGCCUCUGCCAAGGUCAUAGUGAUUUAUACGAGGGGGGUUAUUUGUUCUAGGGGGUCAGCGAGGGGUCAAAUGGGGGUCUGUGUUUCACUGGGGGGUUAGCACAAGUUUCCGCCUUCGAAAUAAAUUUAAUUUAUUAAGCUUUACUUGCUUCUUAUUCCUAAUGUCUUGCACUCUUCAGACAAAAAACAAACAAAAAAUAUAUUUUACGAGUAGAUAUUAUCUCCUAAACAAAACCCCUGACCCCUCCACCCAUGACCUUAGUCACUUAAGCGCUUCAUGUAAAUAUCGAGUCAUUUAUGCUAAUUCUUACAUUUUUUUUAAAUAUCGCUCGUCUGUUUGUGUGUGUCUAAUCCAAAUGUGUAUUUUUUUGACUUUACUUUAAUUGUUUGUUUGACGCCGCGUACACUUGGAGUACCUCAAUUAGUCCAUAAGUCGAAGAUUACGAUUACGAUGCAAAUGUUUGAUUAGUUCUUAAAUGUAAACGAACUCAAUAAAUCGAAUAACGACAAAUAUUA